UGGUUCCCGGUAGCGGCGGGUCCCGCCCUGUUCCCGGUAGCGGCGGGGCCGUGCCAGCUCCAUGUCGCGCAGGGCCAUGGAGCAGCCCCGGCGCAUCACCGACUCCUUCCCGCGGCGGCGGCGGCGGGGCCCCGGGCGGCCCCCGGGCAGGCUCAAGGACAAGAAGGACAAGGACAAAGUGCAGGUGAAGGUGAAGGUGCAGGUGCGGGACUGUCCCAGCGCCCCCUCGCAGCCCCCCGUGGACCCGGCGCUCCUGGAGAUGCUGCGGCGCUUCGACCUCUCCUGGGAAUACGGACCCUGCACCGGGAUCACCCGCCUGCAGCGCUGGGAGCGGGCACAAGAGCUGGGGCUGAGCCCCCCCGGCCCCAUCCGUGACGCCCUUCUGGAGCACCGGGACAACCCCGACGUCACCUACAGCCUCUGGCACGAGUACGAGCUCUGAGGCGCCGCGCCGAGGGAAUGGGGGGGACCAUUCCCGACGCUCCCAGACCCUAUUCCAGGGACACCGGGCGGAUUAAAGCUGGUGUGAGCGAAGGAAGGGGUGCUGUGUGCUGUCUGGGGCGGCACGGGGCGGGGUGAAGCCCUUGGGGUGCAGGGGGAGGGCAGGGAGUUGCAUCCCCCCCCCAAAAAAAGCCAGGUGGGGUGUCCAGCCACACAGUUUUAAUGCCACCCAACUGCGACGCAGGGGGAAAAAUCAGCUCUUGGGUGGAGAAAGGGAGGUGGGAUUUUUUUCUCCAGAAAUGGGGGGAAGAAAUGAAGAAUGAGGUAUAAAAUCAGUUGAAAGUGAGCACAGAGGGGUGAGGCAGGUGGCUGUGGGUUGUGGUGAUGUUCUGCAGUGGGGUGGGAAGUGUGACAGCGUCCCGUGGGAUUCAGAUGUUUAUUAGCCCUAAUUAGCAGCUUUGCUGUGUGCAGAAUCGUAAAUAACAGGAUAUGUCUGUUAAUUAUUCGGGUUAUCAAUGACUUAAUUCACCAGCUUUUUCUGUUGCUUUAUCAAUAAAAUUAAUAGUUUCUA